CCGCCCGAACAGACCGUCCAUCCACACCUAAUCUUCGAGAGACGGACGCGAAACGACCACAUCCGCUCUCAGCCCUCCCUCCCUAACCACUUUACAUUCUCACACCAAAAGACCUCGGCCUCCCCUUACCUUGGCUGUAUAAUCAGAUAGACAAAAGAGAAAAGCCCCCAUCACAAACGGGAACCCGACCUACUCAGGUCGCCUCCUGCUCCAAAAAAUGCCUGGUUUACCGGCGAGUAUCGAUCUGGAUGAGUGCAUCGAGAGACUCUAUCGCAAAGAGUUGCUAGCAGACUCCGUUAUCGAGGCAAUAUGCGCCAAGGCUAAGGAGUUGUUGAUGAAGGAGAGCAAUGUCGUGCAUAUUGCGGCUCCGGUGACGGUCGUCGGAGACAUCCACGGACAGUUCUUUGAUAUGAUUGAGAUCUUCAAGAUCGGUGGGUUCUGUCCGAAUACGAAUUAUUUGUUCUUAGGCGACUACGUCGAUCGUGGCCUCUUCAGCGUGGAAACGAUCUCGCUCCUGGUGUGCCUGAAGCUGCGGUACCCGCAGCGCGUGCACCUGAUCCGGGGCAACCACGAGUCGCGGGGCGUGACGCAGUCCUACGGAUUCUACACGGAGUGCGCGCGCAAGUACGGCAACGCCAACGUGUGGCACUACUUCACGGACAUGUUCGACUUCCUGACGCUGAGCGUGGUGAUCAACGACCAGAUCUUCUGCGUGCACGGCGGGCUGUCGCCGUCGAUCCACUCCAUCGACCAGAUCAAGAUCAUCGACCGCUUCCGCGAGAUCCCCCACGAGGGGCCCAUGGCCGACCUUGUCUGGUCCGACCCGGACACCGAGCGCGACGAGUUCUCCCUCUCCCCGCGCGGCGCCGGCUACACCUUCGGCGCCCAGGUCGUGCGCAAGUUCCUCGAGGUCAACAGCAUGUCGCACAUCCUGCGCGCCCACCAGCUCUGCCAGGAGGGCUACCAGGUCCUCUACGACGACCGCCUGAGCACCGUCUGGAGCGCCCCCAACUACUGCUACCGCUGCGGCAACCUGGCCAGCGUGCUCGAGGUCAGCGACACCGGCGAGCGCUACUUCAACAUUUUCGACGCCGCGCCCGAGAACGAUAUCCAUCGCGGCGAGCAGCAGGCGCAGCAGAAUAAGGACGGCCAGAGCCCCGUGAUUGAUUACUUUCUGUGAUACCCAUUUUAUUUUCUCGUGUAUUUUGUGGUGGAGUGCGGUGGUUCUGUCUAGUUUAGGAACAUAUUUUUUCCAACUUUCUUAUUCUAGCUUAUACUUCUUCUGGGUUGUCCCCCCC